AUGAGUUGCAACAUUAAGGAGACGAUUACUAUGUCUAGCAAAGGCAGGAGCAGUGGUGGCAGCUGUAUCAUUGGUGGUGGUGGUGGAGCACGGAUUUCUUCCUAUGGGAUAGGCAGUGGCAGAGGUUUUUCUGGAAGGAGUUACUGCGGUGGAGUGAAUUAUGGAGGAGGACUGAGUGUUGGUAGCUUGGCUGGUGGGAGCUAUGGAGGUGGCAACUGCUAUGGCAAUGGCCUUGGUUUUGGCCUUGGAGGUGGUGUGGUUGUUGGUGGUCUUGGUGGCGACUGUUUGCUUUCAUCCUGCGAUGAGAAAGUCACCAUGCAAAAUCUCAAUGACCGCCUGGCUUCCUAUCUGGACAAGGUGAAGUGCUUGGAGAAGGAAAAUGCUGAACUGGAAUGCAGAAUCAGAGAGUGGUACGCUACACAGGGCCUCUCCUGUGAGCCCCGGGACUACAGCUGCUAUUACAAAGAAAUCGAAGAUCUUCAAAAUCAGAUUGUCUGCGCAACCAUCGAUAACAACAAGAUCAUCCUGGACAUUGAUAACAGCAGGAUGGCUGCUGAUGACUUCCGUGUGAAGUACGAGACAGAGCUGGCCCUGCGCCAGAGUGUGGAGGCUGACAUUAACGGCUUACGCCAAGUCCUGGAUCAGCUGACGCUCUGCAGGUCUGACCUGGAGGCACAGCUGGAGUCGCUGCGGGAGGAGCUCUGCUGCCUGAAGAAGAACCACGAGGAGGAAAUGAAUUGCCUGAGAAAACAAUCAACUGGAGAUGUGAGUGUGGAGGUCAAUGCCUGCCCUGGACCGGAUCUCAGGCAAAUCUUGGAGGAUUUGAGAUGCCAGUAUGAAACACUGAUAGCGCGCAACCGCAAGGAAGUUGAGGAUUGGUAUGAGUGCAAGAUUGAGGAGGUGAAUCGGGAAGUUAUUACAAGCGGUCAGGAGGUAGAGACGUGCAACAACCAAGUUACCGAAUUGAGACGCCAAUUGCAAGCUCUGGAAAUCGAUCUCCAGGCUCAGCUCAGCCAGAGAAAUAAUUUGGAAUCCUCUCUGGCUGAGACUGAGUGCCAGUACAACACCCUCCUCGGUGAGCUACAGAACCAGAUCACAUGCGUGGAGCAGCAAUUGGCUGAAAUCAGAGCGGAAAUAGAGUGCCAGAACCAAGAAUACAAGACCUUAUUGGACGUCAAGUGCCGUUUGGAGCAGGAGAUUCAGACCUACCGGUGCUUGUUGGAAGGAGGACAGCAGGAUCUUAUUCAUGGCGGAGGAAUCGGAGUAGGAACUGGUGUAGGAGGAGGAGUCAUUAGGACAAGCCACACCUAUACUACAACUUCAUCUUCCCAUUGCCAGCCCCAAGUCCCACCCUGCAAGACUGGAGACAUACAAGUGACCUGCAGGAGAAUUUGUGAUUAA